AUGAAAAGAUGGAAGGACUACUGUGCUGAACUAUUUGGCGGGGAAGAGCAUGUACAGGAGGAGAUAGAGAGAGGUGAGGAAGAGCCACUGGUCUUGGAAGCCGAGAUUGAAGCCGCUAUCAAGAAGGCAGAGAAAGGAAAGGCGGGCGGAAUAGACAAAGUUCCAGCAGAAGCUUUGAAAGAAGGAGGGGAAAUAGUCAUCAAAGUCACGAAGAACAUCAUUGACGAGAUCUGGAGAACAGGAGAGUGGCCGAAACUAUGGGUGAUGUCUGAACUUGUUCCCUUACCUAAAGUCCCUGGAACCCAAGAUUGCACUAAAUACCAAACAGUGAGCCUAAUAAGCCAUGCCUCGAAGAUACUGCUCGAAAUUCUGCGACAAAGGCUGGCACAUUAUUUGGUUCUACAAAUCGCAGAAGAGCAAUUUAGCUUCACUGCAGGAAAAGGGACAACAGAGGCAAUCCUAGUGUUGAGGAACAUCAUACAGAAAGUAGCAAAGAAGCAAGAGCCUGCCCAAAGGGCCCCGGGGCCCCCAAAGGUCCCGGGGUUAAACCCCUUGGGGGGAAACCCCUCCAGCAGCGGGGCCCCCCCAAAAGGGGGCCCUUUGGGGAAGGCUGCCCCCAAGAAAGCAAAAAAUAAGCCUCCUUUUCCAGGCCCUUUGCUAGGUCCCCCAGAAAAAGAGGACCCUUUUGGCCCCCGGGUCCCCAAGCCCCCCAACCCCCCCAUCGCUGGCCCUUUGGGGCCCAAGUCCCCCCUGACCGUUUCCCACAGAACCAAAAAAACCCUGACGGACCCCAGUUGCCCCCGGGUGGGAGCUCUUCAACCCGGGGAAAAACACUGGGAAACCCCAGCCCAAAUUUCCCGUAAACCAGAGGGCAAGGCAAAAAAUUUCCACCCUCCCUUUAAAGCCCCCUUUAAAAGGCCCCCGGGGAAAAAGCUUUGGCCCCGCAAGCCCCCGGACCCCAAGGGGUUUAAAGCGGAACAUUACAUGUGCAACUCGGAAUUCUAUAGCUCAUCCACACUGGAAGCGCGAGAAUCAAUUACAAACAAAAAUCUCAAACUGUGA